AUGUCCGGGGCGUAUCGCAUCGAGGUCUCGCCGAACAAUCGCGCUGGAUGCAAGAAUACUGAGUGCAAGAAAGAGGGUAUCAAAAUCCAAAAGGGCCAGCUGCGUUUUGGCACGUUCAUCACUACUCCGGACUGGCAAAGCUGGGCUUGGAAACACUGGGGUUGCGUGACCCCCAGAGUAAUCUCCAACCUCAAAGAGGGCAUUGAAGGAGACCCGAGCCAGCUCGAUGGCUACGAUGAACUUCCGGAGGAUUUCCAAGAAAAAGUCGUAAAGGCUUUAGAACAGGGCCAUAUCGAUGAUGAAGACUGGGGCUGGGACAUUGAAAUGAACCGCGAAGGAAAGAAUGGAUACUUUACGCUUGAGAGUAAGCGACGGUUGAAGGCAGAAGCUCAAGCCUUGAAAGAGGAGAAUGCCGGAGAAGAAAGUGCGAGCCCCAGCACGACUCAUGACAAGAAGCGCGGCCAUGUCAACCAUGACCCGGAUGCGGAAGGCUCAGCAGAGGCUGAGCCGCCGGCGAAAAAGACCAAGGCUAGGACCAAGAAAGAACCGAAAAUCAAGAACGAGGAUGCUGACGGCGGGUCUGAGAAUGAAGGUUCGACAACUAAGAAAACCAAACCUAGGAUCAAGAAAGAACCGAAAAUCAAGAACGAGGAUGCUGACGGCGGGUCUGAGAAUGAAGGUUCGACAACUAAGAAAACCAAACCUAGGAUCAAGAAAGAACCGAAAAUCAAGAACGAGGAUGCUGACGGCGGGUCUGAGAAUGAAGGUUCGACAACUAAGAAAACCAAACCUAGGAUCAAGAAAGAACCGAAAAUCAAGAACGAGGAUGCUGACGGCGGGUCUGAGAAUGAAGGUUCGACAACUAAGAAAACCAAACCUAGGAUCAAGAAAGAACCGAAGACCAAGAACGAGGAUGCUGAGACCAGAUCUGAGAAAGAAGGGCCGGCGGAUAAGAAGACUAAAGCUGCCGUCAAGAAGGGCAAAAACGCUAACGAUGACAAGGCCGAUGGAGACUUCAAGCUAGAUGACCAGUCAGUCAAGAAGGGUGGCAAACAAGCCAAGAAGGCCACAGCUGGAGACGAGGCCGCUUUGCACAUCAAGAACGAGAAUAGCGAUCAUGAUACUCUUCCUCCUCACAUAGCGAAGAAGACACGAGCUCCACGCAAAGCCGCAACAGCUCAGAAGAUCAAGGACGAGGACACCGAGACUGAUGAUCUUGAUCCAGCUUCUGAGCUUGAGACCCCUCUUGGUAACGUCAAGCUAGAGCACACACCAGAGCUCGAAGUUGAAGCAAACGAAGACGCCCCAAAGCUUCAGAAAGGCCGCAAGAAAGCACCCAAGAAGGCAGUCCAUGGAUCGAGAGAGGAGACUAACAAAGAAGUCAAAGCCAAGGUCGGAAUGCUAGCCGUCUUAUUGAUUGGUGGACAAGCUGACGAUGUACACAGGCAACGCCGGCUGCCCCCCGAUCCAAUGGAAGAGUGA